UUCAUCAAGUCAGGAAAGGCAAUGUUUACUUCAUUCAAAGGAAGUGUUAAGUCUGGUUUAUCGACCCUCGGUAAAGAAUCUUUCAAGUCUACAAUGAAAAACAUGACAUCUUCAACAGUGGUCAGACAGAACUUCAAAGCUGCGACUAUGUAUGCAGUUCAAGAAAUCGGGAAAAAGUCUGUGCUCACUGCCAUGAACUACACAUUUGAUGCAGCACUUCAGGAAGUCUUUAAGAAGAUUUUACAAAGCAGUUUUCAGAAUGUUGUUACUUCAUCAGUGAAGCAGAGCAGUAAACUGGAUCAGACUCUGGUUGAAUUCAUCAGCUCAGGCAUUCGAAAGCUGCCUUGGAAAUAGAGAAUUUCAAGAUUGACCAGAAUUAUGAGAAGCAAAUAAAAAAAUCAGUCGGUGUGCUCUCCGAAGAGAUAAUUCCUUACCUCAUACUGGAUUGUACCAAGGCACGGGAAGUUAUCAGCAAACUCUCUGAGGUGUGUGAAGCUGCAACAGAUCUUAUGAAUAAAGCGAAACUGUCAGGUGUGCUUGAAACGGCAAAGCUGGCUCUGAAAGUAGCUGAGUACACGACAAGUCUCUCUCAAAUAUUAGGUGCCGUACCAACAAAAGAGAUAAUAGACCAGAAAUUUGUUCCUGAAUUACUGGAGAGCAUCAGUGAGCUUCAGAAAGAUAUGACAAAGUAUGACCAAGAUGGACGACACAGUUUACAGGAUGUACAACGCCUUAAAGGAGAACUUCUACAGAUUAUUGCUCAGAAAGUUUCUGAGCAAUUCAUCAGUUCCUGUUCUGAACAUAUGGCUUCUUUAAUGACCAACACAUUUAAGAGUGAGUUGAACAGUGCUGCAGGACAGGCGUUAGACAAGGUCAUGCGCAGACAUAAAACUCAGAGUUUCUUUGAUGACCAGAGAGAAAAACACAACAAGAAAUCUACGAGCCACAAGGAAGUGGAACAGCUGUCAGAUGAGGACAAAACAAAACUAAUGCAGUAUACAGAAGAAAUGUGCAAAGCCAAUCAGCCUGCUACAGCCCUCGAUGUGUAUGUGCUCACAAAAAGUAACCUGCUGAACGGAAAAGGGAUUCAACUCACAGUCGUUGAUGAAAAUGGAAAACAGCUCACUGAGGAACGUUACCCAGGAACCACCAAAUCAGCAGGCGAUAUAAAACUGAGAGUAACUAAAUCUGCAAAAGCCACACAAACAUCACAAGCUGAUGCACAGAUGUACAGCGGCCAUUUUGACAUUGUCCAGGAUGAUGGCAGGAUAAUCGGCGUUAACUCGGAUUGUCAGAAUGCUCUUUAUGAUGCUGUAGCUCAAGCAACUGGCAGCAACACAGAAGACCCAAAGAAGGAAGCACUAAUUCUACGUGAGAAAGUGAAAAAUGAGAUCCAGAAAAACUUUGAAUCGUACACACCCCUGCUUAUUCUCCAGAGAGGAUAUGACUUCUGCCAAAAAAACCCUAGGAAAUAUGACAUAACUGGAGGAAGUAAAAAGGAGACGAAUGUUGCACUGCAGGAAUACUUACAGAGUGUUAAUUUCAUCAGAAGUGACAAACGGAUCCUUAUCAAAAUGUACCAUCUAGGAUUUGUUGGUGAAUAUAACAGUGUUCAAAGUGCUCGGAGGUCCAGUGAGAACAACAAAGGAACACUCAACACGAGCCAUAUUCCACCGAAGGACUCCAUUAGACUGGCUCAGACGGUCAUAGAAGACCCAAACUCAGGGAGUGAGAUUAAAAAUAAAAACCCGGAGCUUUAUAAACUGAUCAGCAGCAUAAAGACUGACAACAAUGGAUUGAACCUGAUUGCCAUGGAGGUUCUGGGACAAGAUCACAGACAAGCUUUAACUACAGGCCCAAGCAGCCGCUCACAGACGGCCAGGAAACUUCUAGCAGACACCAUGAUUAGUGGAGACGUGGAGCUUCUGCUGAAACGCUGCAUGAUUCUGAACCACCCGCGUACCUCACAAAAGCUCAGAGAAGCUCUAGGUGAAAGCAUUCAGUCUCAGUGUCACAUUUUGUCCGAUAAAGACAUCCGAGGCUACUACAAAGCAGGAUACCGAAACCUGGUGUUGAAGUACAGCUACAUGGGAAUCCUGGAUCAGAAGCAGCGUGAGCGUCUGGAUGCGUGGGUGACUCAGGACCAGCACGAGGACACCAACACUGCAGAGUACAGCCAGCUUCUGCAGGAAUUAAAGUAAAAAUGUCUAAUGUUUAUGAACACGUUUUCUUCAGAGCUUCAUGAUAAAUAUGAUGAUGGUAAGGAAGAUGAUAAUAAGUAGUACUAAAAAAAGUAGGAAAUGAUUGAUCUCUGCCAUUGAAAUCUCUCUCUCAAAAAAAAAAAAAAAAAAAAAAAAAAUAGCAAGUUAAGUUGUCUUGUUCUAUUGGUAGAUCAUUUUUAAGCAUUUAUUUCUAGAAAGCAGCAAUAGAAUAAGAGCAUUUAAACUCAAAAUCAGUAAAAAUGUCUAAGUUUGCAUGGUGAUAAUGUUGUAGUGUGUGUGUUUGGGGUUUAAACAUGUAGAGGGUUAAAAUAUUACAGGGUUAUUUCACAAAACAUGAAUUGUAUUCCAAAUAUAAGAAUGGUGUUGGGUUGUGAUUAAAUGUUGAAAAUAUAUAACACAAAAUCUAAAAGCAAAUUUUCAGCUUCUUUUCAGUAGACUGAUGUCCACAUUACAGCUCAGAACAGGAGCAUGCCCAGUUUCAAGCUUCUACCUGAUUAAAACUAAAAACACACUGUGAUUUUAUUUUAAACUGUGUGCUGAAUUCAUAAUCCCAUACUUUUUCAUAAUCAGUGAAAUGAGUUUCUGAACAUCUACAUUUUACACGUGUGUAUUGUAAAAUGUUUCGUUAGUAAUCUGCAUGAUGCUGGAUUUAUACUUGUAACUGUCUGUUUCUGAAAUAUUUGCCAAUAAAAUUUCAAUAUUUUAUUUUUGUGUCAUUUUUAUUCUUAAAAAUGAGAUUAUCACCUAUUAUCAUAUAAGCAACAUGGAAAGUAGGAAAGAGAUAAAUGACUAAACACAUGG